AUGGCAUCCGAACAGUUGAAUGAGCUAUCUGAUCGAAUUGCUGAAGCUGCUAGGAAGGGUAUGGCGCGUAAGAGCUUCUUCUCUUUCGGUGAUGAAGGUCUCACAGCGAGUGUGGGUGCAACUGGGCGAUUACUCCGGAUCACUCAACAUUUCCCGGGACUGAAGACAGGAAUCUGUGUGGACGAUGAGAAAACUGAAGAGCCAUAUUACGUUUUUUGGCGUCUUUCACAGUUUCUAGAAAGAUCCCUCGACGGAAAUUCCGGAGGAAUCGGUCCCCGCAUCGACUCCUUGUGUCCAGGAGGAGAGUCUAAGCAAAACAUUAUCAACGAUCGAUGGCCUACCUUUACCAUAACGACGCCAGGUGAUACUUCGAACAAGCUGCAUGUGUCAUAUGUGGCAUUCCAAGGCACAGUUUACCAGAAAUUCGAAAUCAUAGACAAAAACGAAGAACAGUCGUCACGACCGAAAACCAAGGAAUUCCCGAGCAACAUUCUGGAUGCUCUGUCCAUGGAUUCAGGAGUAUUGAUCAGGGACCUAAAUUUCGUGGAUAGCAACAAUCUCUUCAAUGGGGAUUCGCCGAAAGCUCCUGAUACAGAAGUGCAGGCUUACACCACUGUUGAUGGGCAAGCGGAGAACCAUGUUAGGCGGGAACAUAAUAGUCACGGCAAACAUUUUAUCCUCCAUCUCCAGGUCUUGGAUCAGGACAACUCGCUCAAAUUUCACAAACCAGACCAGAAGAAGAGUUCCUACUUCAUCAAGAAGAAAAAUAAUAAAUCUGAGCACGCAGUCUCAGAGGUUGUUCUGGCGUACACUCUUAGGCAGGGCUCCGCAGCUUCCGAUCUGAAACCUUUGCCAGAUUGGAGCAAAUUCCUCGAAGCUCGCCGGUUCCUCCAACACCACCCCAUGGUCAGAUUGACUGAAGACGAGAAUCUUGACUUCUUUCUGAGGAGAAACUUGGAAUAUGUUCUAUCCGUUUGCAGCAUUCCUGUACAUGAUGCGGAUCCUGAUGGAAUACCGGCUUAUGCUCUUACGUGUGGUGACGUUGAUAGUCAUCGAGUGUCGACCGCAGCAAGCUUUUAUGCUUUCCAACUAUUGCUUCUUGGUCUUGAUCGCUUCACGAUCUUACAUUCGGAGUCUGAGAAACUGCCUGCUUGCAUGUGCGACUGCGAUGAGAGGCCUUCAUCAGCCCCUCCACUGCUCUAUGUCUGCAUGAUGAAGAGACGAAUUGAACACGUGUGCAGAGGCCAUAUGAAAUGGGUCUUUCAGAAAGCAGCCAAACCUUGGAAACCGUUUUGUCCUAAUUAUUGGACCAAUGGCGACGAAAUUGAGGGCUGGGAAUCCAACGCAUGGCUUCCGAGAAGAUCCCUCGUCGAUGCCCCUUUCCAAUUUAUCAAAGCGGCGGACUUUUACAGGAGACUCAAAGAGGAUAUGCCAGACAAGCUGAUGGAACAGGCGAAGGCUGUCUACAAGAAGUGGCUUUGUCACCUUGGAGAGGUUGAGAAAUCCGGGAAAUACGCAUUCCCCUCCUACAAGGCUAGCGGUGAUGGAAAGAGAACCAAAACCUUCUAUCUCACUGACCAUGCCUUAAUUUGGCAAGCAGCAAGAUCUGCAGAGUCUAUGAAACUUCACGUCACAACCAAGAAUGAUUCUGAGUUGAAUGAGAAGAUAGAUGAUAACAACAUCGUGGAGCUGCAGGACGAGUGGCUUUACAACGAGCCUGCAUUCUUCGUCAACGCCACCAACGUGGAGGCUGCAACGGUACCUGCCUGUUUAGCAGACGCUGUGCUCAUGAUCAAUGUUCCAGAGUACAAGUCGCUAACGAAGAAGCGAAAUCUGCCAACUUUUCCAAUUAUGUACUUCAGGCCGGGCCUCGAACUUUGGUUUAAAAUAAUUGUCAGUGACCAAAGGGAGGGCGAAGCUGCCGAGAAGAGAUUCUGGGCUUUCGCCUCAAAACAAGCGAAACAAAAUUCGAGCUGCAUUAAUACCUUUGGCCCCAACGAAGAAGUGGAACAAGCAGAGAUGACAGAGUUUUUCGAUCGUCACAAAUCCAGCAGCAACUUUUUCACUGAAGAAACAACAGCAGCGCUUAACAUAUGGACAACGGAAUUCCACGUGACCUUUUACUCUGGUGUCCAGGAGAAGGGGCUUUGGCUCGGGAAAGAAAGUGAAAAGGCAGCUAUGGGAUUCCGGUUCGAGGGCGACUUUUUCAACAAAUAUUGGACCUGCCGUUUCGUGGUGGCCGAUCCACGAUUGCCAGACAAAGAAGACACGACCAGGGACUUAAUCAGGUUCCUGCAACAAGACAACAUAGACGAUGGUCAAACACUUAAGGAAGUCAAGACCGGUGUUUGGGAAGAACGCAGAGUACUCGAAUUGAUGUUGUUCGGACGCAUUAUGAGGAAAAUGGCUACAAGCGCGGGUCAUAUCCUGGAGCUGGCCGGAAAAAUCGUAAAGGAGAAGACAGAAAAGCUGGAGCAGAGACUUGAAAAGUUCCGAAACUCUCGAAAUCCCAACCGGGAACAGCAAAGCCCGACUCCAGAUAUCGAUUACGACAGCUUCCACCUCACUAGCAACGAGUUUCGCAAGUUCCAGGCGCAUUUACAGACAAUACACGGAGAUUUCGAAAAAGCCAGACCCAUCAGGAACCAUUGGCUCAAUCGAGAGAAGGAUCGUCAAGCCGAACAGCCCCAGUGGACCUUCAGCGAUGAGAGUCGCUACAGGCCAAUUCUCAAUAAGUUACUUGUUGAGAACCACCGGGCUAUCCAAGACCUGGACCGCAACCUCAGGGAAAUUUCUCUUCUUGCAGAGUCGAUUACGAAAGAGCGCGAGUACGUGAGCAGUUACCUCGAGAUUAUGGCGAAUGAUCAAAGCCGACGGAACGACUACGAUGUCAAGCUUUUCACAAACAUCACUGCUGUGUUCUUGCCUCUAGGGUUCGCAACAGGCAUGUUCAGCAUGAGCGGGACGCCUGAUGCACAAACUGUCGUUGGAAUGUUUGGACUGUUUGUUGGAGUUUUUAUCCUGGGUCUGUUGGUAAUGAUUGUCGCCAAGGCCCAUGCCAGAUAUGGAAGCAGCCGGCAGAUUUGGGAGGAGCUGAUCAGGCGGGGGCAACAUAAGAUCGAUAGGGCGUAUCUUUUGGGCACAUCGAUGAUUCUCAUUCUCAUUGUAGCAAAGUUUUACGCCAGAGAGGUGAUCAGGCGGGGGCGGCAAAAGAGCAAUGGGGCGUCACUUUGGCAUGGACGUGAAGGAAGCGCAGAAGGAAACCCAACUGAAGAAACCAACGCUGAACGCAAGGAAGAUGUUGCGGACGAAGUAUCGCGGCGAAGGUUUUGCGGCUUGAAGAUACGCAGGAAGGAGGAGAGCGGUGCUUCAGCAAGACACAGAGAAGGGCUCGUGGAAGAAGGGAGGGGCGGAAUCGACGCCUCCACGGUAAAUGAGACGCCUGCCGCAGGGAGCGCACAAACUUUCAAUGGUUGA